AAGCAGACUCGCCAGUCAGGCUCCCUCCGGAGGCGGGGAGACAAGCCGCCAAAGCCCACCAUGGCCACCAAGGGUCGAGUGAUGUAUGACUUUGCUGCUGAACCAGGAAAUAAUGAACUAACAGUUAAUGAAGGAGAAAUCAUUACAAUUACUAAUCCGGAUGUAGGUGGAGGCUGGCUGGAAGGCAAAAACAGCCAAGGAGAAAAAGGACUGGUUCCUACAGAUUAUGUUGAAAUUAUACAUGAAAGCACCAGAGAUGGAAUUUUGGUAGCUGAUCAAGCCUUUUUUGACUCCUUCUCAAAUGCUUCACAGACGAGUUCGCAAGCUGUGAAAAACAAUAGCCAAGUGGAUUUUCUAGCAUCUCUCACUAAUUCAGCCAUUUUGGAACCUCUCGUACAAUCUUGACCUUCAAUCUUUUCUACAGCAAAGGUUACCAGUAAUGCAAAUGAUCCCUGGUCAAGUUGGGACAAUACAACGGCUGGUGAUGCUUGGUCAACAAAACCUGAAGCUAGGCAGAAAAAUAGUGCACCAAACAAUUGGGAGGCAGCAGCGUUUGGUCAUCCUCAAGCUUAUCAAGGUCCAGCAGCGGCUGAUGAUGAUGAGUGGGAUGAAGAAUGGGAUGAGCCAAAAUCAGCAGCUACCCCCUAUCCUGGUUAUAAAGAGGCAGAACCCUCUGAUCCAGCAGGGCUUCAACGUGGGAACAGCCGUGGAACUGCUAUGAAAUUGCCACUGAACAAAUUUCCUGGAUUUGCAAAACCUGGAGUGGAACAGUAUCUGCUGGCAAAGCAGCUAGUGAAAUCCAAAGAGAAAAUUCCUAUAAUUAUUGGAGAUUAUGGUCCAAUGUGGGUUUAUCCUACUUCUACAUUUGACUGUGUUGUGGCUGAUCCAAAAAAAGGUUCUAAAAUGUAUGGUUUGAAGAGCUACAUCGAAUAUCAACUUACAUGUACAAACACCAACCGAUCGGUCAACCACAGAUAUAAACAUUUUGACUGGUUAUAUGAGCGCCUCUUAAUUAAGUUUGGAACAGCCAUUCCAAUUCCAUCUCUUCCAGAUAAACAGGUUACAGGACGUUUUGAAGAAGAAUUCAUCAAAAUGCGGAUGGAGAGAUUACAAGCUUGGAUGACCAGGAUGUGUCGUCACCCAGUUAUUUCAGAAAGUGACGUUUUUCAGCAAUUCCUUAGUUUCCGUGAUGAAAAGGAAUGGAAAACUGGUAAAAGGAAGGCAGAAAAAGAUGAGGUUGUUGGUGUCAUGGUAUUUUCUACUAUGGAACCGGAAGCUCCCGAUUUGGAUAUGAUAGAAAUUGAACAGAAGUGUGAUGCAGUUGGCAGGUUCACUAAAUCCAUGGAUGAUGGAGUUAAGGAGUUGUUAACAGUAGGCCAUGAACACUGGAAACGUUGUACAGGACCAUUACCCAAGGAAUAUCAGAAAAUAGGAAAAGCUUUACAGGGUUUGGCACUGGUUUUCAGUACUAGCGGUUAUCAAGGAGAGUCUGACCUCAAUGAAGCAAUAACUGAAGCAGGAAAAACGUAUGAAGAAAUAGCCAGUCUUGUGGCAGAGCAGCCAAAGAUGGAUCUUCAUUUUCUGAUGGAGACCAAUCACGAAUACAAAGGAUUUCUUGGUUGCUUUCCAGAUAUAAUAGGUGCUCAUAAGGGAGCAAUAGAAAAAGUGAAGGAAAGCGAUAAACUGAUUGCUACCAGCAAAAUUACCCCCCAAGAUAAACAAAACAUGCUGACACGUGCAAGCAUCAUGUCUUAUGCAUUACAAGCGGAGAUGAAUCACUUCCACAGUAAUCGAAUUUAUGAUUAUAAUACUGUGAUGCGUCUGUACCUGGAACAGCAGGCACAAUUCUAUGAAACGGUAAGCUGUACUGAAUAUAGUGCUCUUUUUAUGUCCGUCAGCUAUACAGUUACUUGUUCUUCUAAAUAG